UGCUCACCGCGGUGCUACAGACAGGAGAGCACACACAAGAGAAGCGGCUCCAAACGCAAAGGGCAACAGGUUCUAGUUUCGACCGCGCUUUUGAAGGUGCAAAGCGACUGUUUUUCUCGACCAGGCCCACUGCAGAUCGCAGAAAAGUCAAUGGCGGCGAAAAGCGGCUGGCUUGGACGGGUGCCCGGCGUCCUAGGCGGUCUCCUGGUAGCUGCUCUCAUUGCCGCCCCCGUUGACGCGGCCGGAACAGUAGCGUUCGCCAACGGGAGGUCUAUCGACGCCGACGCCAACGCCGCUAUGGCUGUGGUUGCUGCAGACAUUGACUCGGACGGCGACUUGGAUGUCCUGGUCGCAAAACUCAUGAGUUACGACGAAAGGACGGUCAUAUGGUAUGAGAACGUGGACGGCGAAGGAACGUUUUCGGAAGGUGUGGCGAUCUCCGAUGACCGCGAGUCAGCAGCAGGGUCAGUCGCGGUUGCAGACCUGAACGGUGACGGCUUUCCCGAUGUUGUAGUGGCGUUCCCCUACAGCGACACGGUGACUUGGUACAGGAAUUCUGACGGCCUCGGAAGUUUUUCACUCGGUGUUGACAUUGCCACGGAUACCGACGGUGCCUGGGUAGUCAAGUGCGCUGAUGUCGACGGCGACGGUGACUUCGACAUCAUUUCUGUGUCAUCAUUCGAUGAUCGAGUUACUUGGUACGAGAACACCGACGGAGAGGGAACGUUCGCUGUCGGCCUCGACAUUUCAGCCACGUCGAGUGGGGCGGACAUGGCAGUCGCAGCCGAUAUUGACGGCGACGAGGCUGUCGACAUCGUGGUCGCAUCCUUCGACGACGAUCGUGUGACGUGGUUCAAGAACACGGACGGGAAGGGGGCGUUCGCGCUGGGCGUGGAUCUGGCGCAGGAUGCCAAUGGAGCGACGUAUGUCGCUGCGGGAGAUCUCGAUGGAGACGGUGACCUCGACGUCGUAUCAGGGUCCUACUACGAUGGGCGUGUCACCUGGUAUGAGAAUACCGAUGGCGCGGGCACCUUUGCGGUCGGGCAGGACAUCGACAUUUUACCUUCAGUGGCGAGUGCUGUCGCGGUGGAUCUGGACAGCGACGGAGACAUGGACAUAGUCGUCUGUGAUUUUGACGGCGGGGGCAUCGUGUGGUACGAAAACACCGACGGGCAAGCGACCUUUUCGACGGCCAUCGACAUCGCCGUCGACGUUGGCGUGUUUGAGGUGAUCGCGGUUGACCUCGACGGGGACGGUGACCUGGACCUGUUGUCCGCCUCGAAGGAGAGUGACCGUGUGAUCUGGUAUGAGAACCUCUUUGACGGCGAAGUUUCAACGCCAUCCCCACUCUCCGACAAUGUCCCAACGCCCGGCCCAGCCCCAGUGAUCGUUUCCACUGACGUCCCCGCUCCGAGCCCACCGACGACUUCGCCCCUGACGCCGGCUCCCAUCACUGACGACCCGGCUCCGAGCCCACAGACGACUUCGCCCCUGGCGCCGGCUCCCAUGACGAGUUCUACCGAAGGCAAUCCAUCACCAUCACCCGAACAACAACCUUCCGGUACCGUGGAACCUUCACCUGUGGGGGAAACGCUACCACCGUCGGUUGACUCAGCUGCCAAUGUCGACGACGACAACGACGACGAUGAUGGGCUUUCUGGAGGCGCAAUUGCUGGAAUAGCAGUGGCUGCAGUGGCUGCGGUGGUAGGUGGGGGGGGAUGCAUCAACUUCCAUUAUCACAGCAGUCGAAGCUCAUGAGUCAUGAGUCGGCUGUAGUCAUGGCGUCUACUUGUCGUCGCGUCCUGGACAAACUAACGUGAAUAAUACGCAAAUUACGAACCAAACGCCACAACAGACAAAAUGCGUGAUGAUGGUACCCCGCUCACUGGGCCAAUUUUUAUGAGAGAAAUGAGAAGAACAAGUUUUAUUCUUGUUUCGACAUCAGCGGAAACUGCUGUGUCGCACAACAAACGUUUCUAAAUUGAACUCUGUAUGUCCUGUCGUGAUAUCCUUGAUUGAUCGAUUUGUCAGCGACGAAAGGUGGUCCAGUUGUUCGACCCGUUCCGCGAACCCUGUCUACCGAGUAUAGCGCCUUCCUUGUUUUAUUGAACCUUUCCGUACGACAAACCCUUUCAGCGGGGAUUGGUUUUGGUGCAAGUUUGCUAUGCACCUCAUCGUGGUGAAAUAUUACUGUCACGGGAGUCUUUGUGGUGGAAAGGGUCGCGAGUGGUACGGUCCUGCCCGAUCCGAGUGGCCCGAACGCGUAUUACUUGCCGAGUUCAAGCGCGACGUUUGGCCUCCGAGUUGUUUUGGCGUGAUUGGAGUGGUCUUUGUGGUGGAAAGGGUCGCGAGUGGUACGGUCCUGCCCGAUCCGAGUGGCCCGAACGCGUAUUACUUGCCGAGUUCAAGCGCGACGUUUGGCCUCCGAGUUGUUUUGGCGUGAUU